AUGUUUCAUGGAUCACUAGUUGAACCACUGCACAAAGGUUUAGUUAGGGCUCAUGACGGUCACAUUUUAAGUCUCGAUUCUUCGGGAAUUUUACAAUUCAAAUGGAAUGUCACGAAUGAAAGUUCAAUAUUUGAAAUUUCAAAAGAUGGUGAACUUCUUAAUGAUAAAGGAGAUCGUGUUUAUUGGAUUCAAGAUGAUGAUGAAAAUGAUGAACGAGGGGAGAAAAAGUAUUGGUUUAAAGUAGAAAAAUUCGGACCUAAUGAGUUAUUCUUAAAAGCUUUUGACACUGAAAAUAAUGAAGUCGGGAAAUAUCUUACAAUUAAAUUAGAGGGUUUGACAUUGAAGGACCAAGCUUCAACUUUAUCUGAAUUCAUUAUUACCAAAGAAAUUUAA